GGAAGUGCUUCCCGUUGCGUUCCCCGCACCGUAUAGGCAUUUGUCGCGUGCAUUCGGUUGUGUAAUCUAUCUAGCUCACCGAGAAUGUUUGCGUGGUCGAGACGCGUUCUACAGAAUCCGAUCAGUGCAGCAGUCGGUGGCACCUUGGGCUCUCGGCACGACAAAGCUGUGCCUGCUUCGCCCCACCCUCAAGCCGAAGCGCCGAAUCCCCUAUCCUCAUCGUCAUCGCUGACAUCGUCAUCUUCCGCUGCUGUCGCCACCGCCACGAGCGUUGCGAAGACCUCGGCGUCUUCGCUCGACACUGUGCGUGCGGAAAUCUUGAAGUACCCCUAUCAGGUCAUCAGCUGUGAAGCGGAGCUACGCGAGGCGGUCGACGUGCUGCGCCGCAGCCGCCAAGUUUCGCUCGACGUGGAGGCCUUCUGCACGCCAGAGUCGGUGAAGUCUCCGCAGCUCGGGCAGGUGUCCCUCGUGCAGACCUGUGGUGACACGGUGCCCGUCGUGUUUUUGUUUGAUAUCCUCUCCCUCUCGGUCCCCACCUUUACAGCCGCCCUUCGCCCUGUUCUGUGUGAUGCAGAAAUUCGAAAACUGUCGUUUGACUGCCGUCGCGACAUCGAGGCACUAAGCACGCAGAUGGAUCUCGUGCCGACGCGGGUGCUAGAUCUGCAGCUCUUCUACACCUGCGUGCAGUGGAAGCUGCGGAGCGUGAACCGGCGAUCUGGCAUGACGUAUGUGCUGAAGAGCAUCGCCGGCGUCGACCGGCAGGAGGGUGACUCCGCCGUUCAAACUGCCAUGUCCGUCGGCGACCGUCCCGUCUGGGACACCCGCCCGCUGCCGAGCCACUUCCUCGAGUACGCCGCGGAUGACGUCCGCCACAUCCACCUCCUCUCCACCUACUUCCCGACCUUGACGCAGCAUGUGUCGAUGGAGGCGGUCGAGCGACUGACGGCGCAGUACGUGCAACACUACGGCGUGGGGAGGCCCGUGACGGUAGAGGCAGAUUUGCAGCCGGCGCAGGUGAACACGGCAUGGCUGGAGCGCUUCAUCGGGCCGGGCGGUGUCUGCAGCUUCUGCGGCAGCAAAGGGCACAUCGAAUCAGAGUGCUUCCGCAAGCUGAACAGCAACGUGCGUUGCUCCUACUGCGGGGCGACAGGGCACACCUCGCGUAAUUGUUUUCAGAAGCACCCCGAGCUGCUCAAGUGCGAGUUGUGUGGACUGCUAGGACACACGGCGGCGAACUGCUUCAAGACAAACCCCUGCAGGUACUGCGGUGGCAACCAUCGCAGCGAGAAUUGUCAUCAACGCGUGAACGCCGGGAAACCAACUGACCACAAAAGAAGGAGAGGGAAGAGCGGGGAGUGA